AUGUCAUUCAUACGCAAACUGUUCAGCAGCGUAAGCGAUCAAUCUCACAAUUUGGGAGAUGACCAAGAUGAUGAUGCCGCAGCACAAAAUAACAAUACAACUCAGAACAAUAGUAAUAACGGCAAAUCUGUCUUCUCUAGUCAUAACACUGAAACAUUUAAAUCAACGGCAUCCAAUGAACAUUCUGGAGCGCGAUCCAACAAUGGUGAAGCAACUACAUCUGGUGAUGAUUCAUACGAUAAUACAUCACGAAAUUACGACACUCUCACCUUUGCUGACGAUCAAUUAAACCGAGAUUUAACAGAAAACGUAUCUGAAGAUGUUGCUUCGUACCAUCGAUCAACUAUCUCUCAUAGAAGCGCUAUUCCAAAAUUUCCCGAUAACAAACUCACUGAUGAAGAGAAGAAAUACGUUGCGUUUUGUGUUGAGAAGUUGAAAAAAGUAGAAGGUGUUGACUCGAAGAAAAUUCAAACAAUUGCUCAAAAUUGUGUUCUUCAUGAUCGAUUUAAGUACAAAUUCUUCAAUCCGGCAACUGAAAUGGAUCAAGAUAUUGGCUUUGGUGGAAUGGGAGCAACAAACAAACGUACCAAAACUGGACUCCGAAUCAAGUUUGUUCUCACUGAGUUGGAUCAAUCGACUCAUAUGAGAGCGUUAAGACGUAUUGGACAUACUUUCAACUUCACUGGAGAUUCACAAUUUGGAAUGUUUCACACUGCCCUUAUUGUAGGAAAUUGGUAUGUCGAAUGGAACGACAAUUCUCUGGCUAUUGUCAGAAAGAACUCUUCAUCAAAGGCUGUUUUUGCUUUUGAUCUUGUUAUUAUUACUAAGGAAUCUGAUAUUCAUCGUUGCUUGGAUGUUAUUGCAAAAGAAUGUUGUAGAUGGAAUGGAUCAGUGAUGUAUGAAAAUCGAAAGGCAAAUUGUCAACACUUUACUCAGGCUGUUUUGGAGAAAAUUGGUAUUGAUUUUGAAAGCAAACUAAAAGGAGCAGCUAAGAACUACAUUGAAAGACUCAAAAAAUAUGGCGUUUGUGACAUGACCAUUGACUUGACUGACAAGCUAAAACCGCUAUUUAAAAAUGUACAAUCUGUAACGUUCAAGACACAUGCCGAGUUAGACACGUUUUAUAAUACUAUCAAAGAUGCUCUACCUAGCUAUUUUGACGUGGACGAGGGAAAGAGUGACGAAAUUUUAUUGAAAUCAUUUGAUAGAGCUUUUUGGCUGAGAAAAGAAUCGUCAAAAGCUUCUGCUGACGACGAACCAUUAAGAGGAAGUGAUAAUUGCUGCCUGUGUCCCUUCAACCAAUACGAAGACGUAUUUAAGGUUUAUCUCGAAAAGAAUUCUGUCAACAGCAAGUACAGCCUUGGAAAUUAUCUUCCUGAAAUUCCAAACAGAUAA